GUACUCAGGGUUCAAUGAGAGCUGUUUGCCCCACCCAUCUCUUCAACGCUAUCUAUCUCAAUGUACAAUUCUCUGAGAAAAGGAAAUAAUAGCUAAAAAUACUCUGUCGAAAAGGAUUCAUCCACGGCUAUUUGUGAGGCAACGCGCUCCGUCCACAGGGAAAUCGCUGUCAUUGUGGUUUUGGAUUUAUCUUCACGUUUCCAAAUGCACAUGUAUAGCUGAUCCACCACCCGAAUUCAAGAAGGAUACAAAGCGUAGCCUGACAGCGGACUCGGACUGCGAUAACCGGUAAAAUAUCGACGGAUUCCCCAGAAUCGGUGGCAUUUGCAUCUGCGGUCGAAAGAACCGUAGGAUCGGCGCUCGCGUCAAAGCAGAGCCUACGGAUGUGAGAAGAAAUACAAAUUACAGUAACGGAGAAGACGGCGAAGGGCCUUUUUUGAUUUGGACAAGCCGAAAAACGCGAUCAGUCACCAUACGCAGAACAGGAGGGAAAAUAACGUCUAUCUACGGGGGAUUUUUUUUUUAGCAGCACCGUAUUUUUCUACGAGACAACGUCGUUUCAUAACGGAGUUAAAAGGUUCAUGUCGGCCACGGCGCAGGGCGGAAUGAUCCACAUGCCGUCAUUUUGGUGGAAAUAUUUAUUUUUUUAAUUUGUAGCCACCCUUUCUAUCUCGUUCUGCCCGUCGCGUUGCAUUGACGAGCGGAUUCGACAUCAACAUAGAGAAAAGAAUCACAUUUUGUGGAGCUAUUGAUGAUUUUAAUAGGAGUGCUGGGCAGAAUCGUUAUUUCGGGAACGCGACCAUGGAUUCGCGACGGGAAAUUUGCUAAAUCGCUUUUGGAUUUCUGUGCCUCGGAAAGCCGUAACGAAAUCAUUAAUGUAACGUCGAAGUCUACGCUGGAUGCACAUUCAUACACAUUUAACAUUUGACGAAGUCUCGUAUUUUUAUCGCAGCAAACGCUCGACAGGACUCGGCCUAGUGUUUUCACCACCUCGAGCUCUCCUAUUCUCGCCAAUACUAGUCACCCAUAGUAAUAGCUUUCAUAUUUCCCCUUGCCUUGAUCUGCCCAUAUCAACAAAACCCUCUGUGUUAUUCUGAAUCCACGGAAGCUAUGUGCAUGCGAGUAUAAAUGUCCCUGUUUUCCAUCAAAGUGUUUUGAUCGGAGGCCAAUCGAGGAAUUUGGACAAUUUAUUCAUACGUUAUAUUCACCUCUCCCCACCACCCACCCCCCAAAACUUUUCUUGGGUUUUUGGGAAAAUGGGUUGUUUGGGCAACAGUAAGACCGAGGACCAGCGAAAUGAGGAGAAGGCCCAGAGGGAAGCAAACAAAAAGAUAGAGAAACAGCUCCAGAAAGACAAACAGAUCUACAGAGCAACUCAUCGACUACUACUGUUAGGAGCUGGAGAAUCGGGGAAGAGCACCAUAGUCAAACAGAUGCGCAUUUUACAUGUCAAUGGCUUCAAUGCUGAAGAGAAAAAACAGAAAAUUCAGGACAUCAAGAAUAAUAUAAAAGAAGCUAUAGAGACUAUUGUGACGGCGAUGUCUGCGUUGGCACCUCCAGUCCAGUUAGCCUGUCCAGCAAAUCGGUUUCGAAUUGAUUACAUCCUGAAUUUAGCCAAUCAAAAGGACUUUGAGUUCACAUCGCAGGAAUUUUAUGAACACACAAAGACCCUUUGGCAGGAUGAAGGAGUGAGAGCUUGCUUCGAAAGAUCCAAUGAGUACCAACUGAUCGACUGCGCACAGUAUUUCCUGGAUAGGAUUGACACUGUGAAACAGAGUGAUUAUACUCCCACUGAUCAGGACUUGCUCAGAUGCAGAGUUCUGACUUCUGGAAUCUUCGAGACAAGAUUCCAAGUGGACAAAGUAAAUUUUCAUAUGUUUGAUGUUGGCGGACAGAGAGAUGAACGCAGGAAAUGGAUCCAGUGUUUUAAUGACGUGACAGCCAUCAUUUUCGUGGUAGCCAGCAGCAGUUACAACAUGGUGCUCAGAGAGGACAAUCAGACCAACAGACUCCAGGAGGCACUUAACCUGUUCAAGAAUAUCUGGAAUAACAGGUGGCUUCGAACCAUUUCUGUCAUUCUGUUCCUAAACAAGCAAGACUUGCUGGCUGAGAAGGUUUUGGCGGGUAAAUCAAAAAUUGAGGAUUACUUCCCAGACUUUGCACGCUACACUACACCGGAUGAUGCAACACCAGAGCCAGGGGAAGAUCCACGAGUUACAAGAGCAAAAUAUUUCAUCCGAGACGAGUUCCUGAGGAUUAGUACAGCGAGUGGCGACGGCCGGCACUACUGCUACCCCCACUUCACCUGCGCCGUGGACACAGAAAACAUCCGACGAGUGUUUAACGACUGCAGAGACAUCAUCCAGCGCAUGCACCUACGGCAGUAUGAACUCUUGUGAUCGCGACUGUGAUGACGGGAUGCAAACUCACCACCGGAACUUUCUAUAGGCCACCUGCCCUUACAUCACGCCCCAAUAUCAAACUGAUGAGUCCCCACCUCUUACACAUACGCACACAGUGUGUGUGUGUG